UUUUUAUUGGAAGCUGUUAAAGUGGUUGCUAUGAGACCUUCUCUAGCUACCACAGGAACAGCCGUGAGUGUGAGGCUGAUAAAUCGUACCUCUUGUAUCAUACCUUUCUUUUUUUAUGCUGCUUUUAUAGUUGUUUAAGAUCAGAGCGAGCACCUGUCAGUUGCUUUUUCUUCCUUCUCACUCUCCUCUGGUCCCUUGUGCAAGAUGGAGCUAGAAAAUGAAAUGAUCAGCAAUUCUUCGGCAGGCUCCAGGGAGUACAAGGUGGUGAUGCUGGGAGCUGGGGGAGUUGGCAAAAGCGCAAUGACUAUGCAGUUCAUAAGCCAUCGGUUUCCUGAUUAUCAUGAUCCAACCAUAGAAGAUAAAUAUAAAAAUCAGCUCCUGGUGGAUCAAGAUCCAGCCCCCUUGGAUCUAAAAACAAGGAAAAUCAAUCAGGCAGAAUUCACAGCCAUGAGGGACCAAUAUAUGCGAGGUGGAGAGGGUUUCAUUAUCUGCUAUUCCAUCACAGACCGCCAAUCCUUUCAGGAAGCUGCAGAGUUUAAGGAGCUCAUUUAUCGUGUCCGGCACACUUAUGACAUCCCAUUGGUGCUGGUGGGAAACAAAAUAGAUCUUGAGGAGUUCAGGCAGGUAAGUGAAGUUUCUUCCUGCUCCUUUUCCUCUGCUAUGUUAGGAGUUUAUGCAGCAUGUGCCAUAUGGUACUGUGGAGAAUUAUUGACCCAGAAUAGGCAUGGAUCAAAGAGCAAUGCACCAGGAUUGUUAAUAAAUUAA